ACAGCUAAUUUAGAGGACCAAUUAUAGAUAGAAUACUCUUAACCUUAAAACCAAUAUUUUUAACUACACUCCGACGCUUAAGUCAGUAACCAAGGUACAAAAAUUCUUAGUUUUGUUGCAUAGCGCGAUGCCGGAUACUUUAGAAUCAUCAGGAUCACAAAACCUAUCAAACAAUGCUUUCUUUACUCCUUUAGUCAUCUCCAUAAUGGGCAUUAGUGCAACCGCACUCGCGGUACUAUUCUACCAUCUCUUACUCGUUAGGUACUGCAUCCGAAGGCACGCUGCCCGAAUGGCGACGUUACGAACCUUUGCCGGAGAAGAAAUCCCGACUGGGGUCGAUGACAAGACUCUUUCAACAAUUCCCAUUAUCACCUACAACAAAUCUGAUCCCGAAUCGGUCUCGGAUCAAUGUGAAUGCGCGGUUUGUUUGGCGGACCUUGAAAAUGGUGACAUGGUACGGUUGUUGCCGGAUUGCAAGCAUUUGUUUCAUGUGAAAUGUAUUGAUGAAUGGUUCGUGGGACACGCGAGUUGUCCUGUGUGUCGGGUUCCGGUGGUGGCACUUGCACCACCGGAUGAAGAGAUCAGCUGCCCUAUUUGUAGGGCAGUAGGUAGGGUCACUGAUGACCAUACAUCCAUCGGUUCUGAUGACAGAACUGAUGGUUCAGUGGAGGUUGAUAACCGUGACGGGUUCACAUCCGGGCCACGAAUAACGCUUCGGCAUUGUAACUCGGCCGUUUUGCCGGGCGAAAAAAAGGGAAGGUUUACCGGGAUGGAGUUAAAGAGGUCUUUAUCCAUGGGGCAAAGUACGUGUGCAAUUAUCGACGUAAAUAUUGAUUAUAUGGAUAAUGAUUGUACGUAUUAUUGGUCGUUUAGAGAUCAAUCGAUACGGCAGUUUCAACGUGUGUCGACGAAGGUGAAAGAGUCGAUCUCUCGAAUAUGUGUAGGACAAGUACAAGGCAGUGGGAUUCUUCCAUAUUGAGAUGUUUUGUUGAUCCUAGGAUUCUAUGUUGUUGUUAAGAUUACAAGAUACCUUUCCAAUGUUAUGGGAGAAUCUUGUUUCGGAUCAAAUCGGUUAAUAAUAUGAUCUAUGAUCCUGUUGAAUGGAUCAUGAUUGAUUCGAUUAGGUCAAACCUGGACCUGAUCAGAUCAAAAUGAUAAGAGGUGACUAAAGAUACACUUGAUAAUUUUCCUUAUUUUGGGUCAACCCAUGUAACCCGACUAGACAGUGGCAGACCCAAAAAAAAAUUCAA